UGCGGGAAUUCUUAAAAAUUUAGGUUAGGUUUAGGUUAUUGGUUUAAAAGUUUAAAAGGCGGAAAGAUAAAUGUUUCAUCUCUAAAAAUUUGUUGUUUUAUAAUUAAAUUAGUGAUGUAUGGUGUCAUCUUCGUCUAAAUUAUCUAAAAUACUAAACUAUGGAGGUUCUUCCCAAUUCUUCAGAUGAAGCAAACAGUAUUUCACAGGAAAAUAACAAUGAUUUUAAAAGUACUCCCCAGCAGGGAGUUAAUAAUGGAGAAAUAGAGGAGAGUAACAAUUUAGAAAUUGUCACAAGUGCUUUUAAUAAUGAAAUUAAUACUAGAAAUUCACACGAAAUUACUAAUACAGAAUCUAUAAGUAAUGUGACUUUAGAUACAUCAACAACUUUUUCUGGCCACAAAAAAAAUAUUUCCUUGGAAACUGAAAUAUCUAGUCAAACUGAUGUAAAUAAAAAUAAACCUUUGUCAAUCUCUGAUAAUGAAUCAUCAGGUACUGAAGAUAAUAUAAUAAAUAAGAGACACAAAAAGAAACUUAACCAAUUAUUCCACUCCACAGAUUCUGAAGAUGAAAUAGGAGCUAGACGUAGACAUAAUAAACUUCAAAUUUCUGACAAGGAAGCAUCAGAGAUUGAUGAUGGUAUAAUAAAAAUUAAAGUGUUCAAAAAGAAGGGGAAAAAAGAGUUAUUUGACUCCGAAGAAUCUGAAGAUGAGGCUGUGAAUUUUAAAAUAAUUAAUAAAUCUAACUUGAAGAAACACCUUACUGUUUCAGAUAGUGAAUCAUUAAGCUCUGAUUCUUCAGGUUCAUUAAAAAAGAACAGAAAAGGAAAAACUAAUUCCCAAGAUAAAGCAGCUAAAAAUAUGAAUACCAAAUUUUCAGCAAACAAAAUAAGAAAACGUAUAACAUUACUUGAAAGUGAUUCUGAAAAUGAAUUACCAACUUCUCAAGAACAUUUAAUUGACAAUUUUAGUAGUAAUCAAGAAACUAUGAAUAGAUUUGCUGAUUCUGAUGAUGAAAAUAUAUUAGAGGAAAAUUCCAAUCUUAAAAAUGCUAAUACUAAGCACAUAUCUAAUAAUGUUGGUCUUGAAAGUAGUGAUUCUGAGGCUGAACAAGUGACUCCUCAUAAUAAAAGCUUUUCUGAUGCCCCUCUUGAGGAAACGCCUAUCUAUGCAGUGAAUUCUAAAGGUGAUUUGGUUCGAGAGCAACCAGCAAAAAAGUCAAAUAAUUGGACAGCUCUCUGUGAUUCUGAAAGUUCAGCAGAUGAAGACAAUGAUGAAGAUAAACCAAAAUGUGACGAGGAUGAUAGUAUGUCAGAAGAAGAUGUUAUUAAACCAGUCAAAUACAAGAAAAAAUCUAUGCCUAAAGAGGAAGGAGAACCAAAAAAGAUGAGUGGCAAAGAAGCUGCAGAGUUGAGGAAAGAAAUACAGUCGGAAUCUCAGAGAAUGAAAAGAGAAUCAAAUAUAUCGUUGCCAUAUCACAGACCGAAGUCAUUCACGUUGAAGGAAUUCUUAUCAAGAAGACCUAAACUGGCUUCUGCUGUCCCUAUGGCCGCUAAAACCCCGCCAUCUGUCGCUAUUAAGAUGUCCAUUGAACAAUUGAAGGUUGUUUCUAAAAAUCUGCAAAAGAGACACAAAGAAGUCGAAGAGUUUUACAAAUCAGAUAGCGAAGAAGAGACUGAGGAUGACAAAGAUUCUGAUUAUGUUCCUCCACAGUCUGAACUGGAUCAGGUGUCUUGCAGCAAAGAAGACUCAGAAGAAGUAACUGACAAAGACAGCCUAAUGCCUGAAGAUUUUGAAAACAAAGUCAUUUCUGAAAAUGGUGAAAAUGCAGGGACAACAAUUGAUAAAUGCGUGAUAACUAAUAUGGAAGUUGAUGAUAGUACUAAUGCACAAAGUAUCUUAACUGACGAUGACGUUUUGAACACUGAUCAAUCACAGGUUAGUUAUAUAAAUAACACAACUGACAAAAUUGGUAAAGAAUUUGAAGAAAAGGCAAGCUCAAAUAAUCUUAGCAAAGAUGGUGAUAGAGAAAACAGUGCUGAUAAAACUAUUGAAGACAAUUGUGAUAAGACUGGCGACAAAUUAGUUGAAAACAUAGAUACUUUAGAUCUUCAAUCUUCUAUGGAGUAUGAAUUUAAUCUAGAUGAUAUGGAAGACAAUACAGAAAAUAUUGUCAAUGUAGGAGGUAAAGAAGUGCACCCGCAAAUAAGUGACAAUGAACAGCACAGUGACUCCAUGACUGAAGACCAACAAAAGGCAUAUUUUGCAGAGUUGGAUAAAGAAAUUGAAAAUUUUGGCAUGGAGACUUCUACAAUGGAGCCAGAAAAACCACUUAAGUCGAAAUUAGAAUUGUUGAAAGAGCGAUUAGCUAAUACAAAGCCCCGUCUCAGUAAUACCUCCAACAAUGUUAUUGAUUUAGAUACAGUUGCUAAACCCACUGAAGUUACAAAACUUAUGGAAAGAUUUGCUAAACAUACUGCCAAGAAGCAUAUUCAUAAAGACAAAGUUAAAUUGAAUGUGAUUAGCGUGGAAAGCGGAGGGGAAAUACAUAAAGAGACUGUAGCUAUUCAUGUUGAUGAUGACGAGGAUACAGCAAUUGAAGAAAAACCAGGUGUCAGACUGCAAAAGCUCAGAAACGAACUACAAUCCCAAAUAGCUCAGCAAAGGUACCAACAUUGGCAGAAUAAAAGUACUAAAGAAGUUAUAAACGAUACCGAGGAUCCUUACAAAGAUGAAAAAUCGGAAUGCGGAGCGGACGAUGCUAUACUUGAUGAUGACGAGGAAGAAGAAAUGAGCGAGUCUAGUGAAGAUGAAAUCGACGAUGAAAAUGAUGAGAGAGAAAAUGAAUUUGAAACUCAACAGAAGAAGUCUGCAUUUAUUGAUGAUGAAGCAGAUGAAAGUGACAUUGAAGAUGCUACUGUCACAGCAACCGAUGAUGAUCCUCAAGAAGAUGGUGAUAUAUCAGAAUAUAACAGUAAUGAUGAAGAAGAGCAAGAAGAAGAUGAAGAUGAAAAGUCGGACAAAGAAAAUGAGCAACCUAAUGAAGUCAACGAAAAAGGAAUCUUACAAAGUAAAAACGAUAAAGAAGAAGUAACUCCGUUUAAAAAACCUCUGAGGAGAAUACUUAAAGCGUUCACUGAAGAUUCUGAUGAAGAUGAAGACGCCGAAUUAGCCUCUACUAUUAACAAUAUUUCUGAUAAACUGAACAAGAGUAAUGAGGACUCCAAUUUAACACAGGAUGAUUAUAUCCCGCCGUAUCAACCUCAAAACCAAGAGACGCCAAUUGGGCAUAAUUUUAGAGAAAGGUGCAAUUCUGAUUUAAAAUUCUGUACGCCUGUUUCUUAUAUUACUGGACUUCAAAAUUUGACACAUUCAGCUUCGAAAUUGCAAUCUCCAUUAAAUAUACCAUCUCCUUUGAAAGAAGCAGACUGGCAUACCACAUUACAGAAAAAACUAUUCGCAGAUUCAGUAAUAACAGAUUCCCAGGCAGAAGCUAUGGAUCAGUUAUGUUCUGAAAAAUUUCCUGCCUCUCUGGAUGUACAAGAGGAUUCAAAUGAAGAAGUGUCUAAAGAUAACGCUGAAAAACAAAACGAUUCUGAAGAUAUGCCUUCAUCGAUACAACCGACCACCCAAGAUCUGUUGAAUACCCCUUCGGGAGAUUUCCAGGAUCUACCUUCCACACAGGAUCUUUUGAAUAUAUGUUCAGGAGAAUUUACAGGAAUUUCGCAGGUAUUUAAUGUCGAACCUUCCAAAAAUUUAGUAACUCAUAAAUUGGACGUGGCGAUUGGCGAGGAUAAAAAUUUAGGAGAAGACCAAGACAUGAUAAUAUCUCAGCUAAUAAACGAAGAAGAGUUGGAGGCGUUCAAAAGAAAAUUUGAUUCUCCGGUGAUGACGCAUUCUCAGAAAUUCGUUCAAUUUCCAAUGGAAGAAGAAAUAACUGCUACUGGUGGUGUAAUUGAUUCCGAUGAAGAUGAUAAUAUAUUAGAAGUGAAGAAGAGGAAGAAAAAUCAAAAGAAGCUUACAUUUUCCGACGAUGAAAGUUCAGAAGAUGAAAAAGAAGAGGAAGAGGAAAUCGAUUUACACGAUGACAUUGAAGAGGAUGAUGAUGACGCUGUUGCAGAUAUAAAUUAUGAUUCAGAAGAAAACGAAGUGGAGUAUACAGAGGAAAAUGGAUCCAAACCCUUGAAAAUGGCUGAUUUCUUCGAGGACGAGGCCGAACUCUCUGAAUCAGAAUGGGGUAGUGAAGAUGAGGACGAGAAAGACUUAGAUACACUCGAGGCCGAAACGGGAGACAAUGAAAAAAUUGAUGAGAAGCAGAUGAAGGCUGAUCUGGAACGAAUACAUUUGAGGAGAAUGUUAGAUGAUGAUACAAAAGAGGUGAAAUUACUCCAAGAAAUGUUACUCGACGACGGAGAGCUCCACGGUACCGGUAGAGAAAGGCAGUUCCGAUGGAAGAACAUCGAUUCCUUAGACAUGACUGAAGAAGAAAAGAAGAACAGCGACGAUGAAACUGGCAUUGACGAAGACGAAAGCGAGGAAAUGUGGCGCCGAAAACGGCAUGAAAGAGAAAUGUUUUUGAAGGAAAAACAGUCUCAAGACUUCGAAGACGACGACUUCGAUCUUUUGAGCGGAAGUGAAAUUUUAAAAAUCGGACAUAAAGUUAUGCAAAAGAGUUUAAGUAGUAAUUUACAGGGGAAUCAGUCUACUGAGAAGGGUUUUGCGAAUGGCAAUAGUCCGAUAGUUAAGACAGCUUUCAGUUUAGUGCAUAAACGAGGUUCUUUCCUAAGUCGUGGUGAUGAGGUCUUGCAGAGGUUAGCAGAAUACAACAAAAUUUCGACUACAAGCGAGGUCGUUACACAGAAAACUAAAAACUCGAAGAACUUUUUGUUUCAAACUGUAGAGGUUAGAGAAGCCACCGAAAAAUUAACUAUUUUUAACAAACGAAAAGCUACAGAUGCCACACCACGAGCUAUAAAGAAGUUAAGAUUGACUGAUAAUUUAAGUCCUGCCAUAAAUAGGAAGAAGAAACCUAGCAAACCGGACGUUAAGGCUAAACUGUUUGGAGUUUCUUAGCAGUUACAUUUAUUUUUAUUAAUAGUUAGAGAUUAUUUAUACAGUAGGUAGGUAUGUAAUAUAUUUCAAUAUUUUGAUAA